CUCUUUGUUGUGAUCACAUAUGAUGUGCACAUAUCCCACGAAAAAGGUACUUGAAACCAUACUUUAGAGGGCUAAGCUCAAGAAGCAAAACAGUUAAUGGCACUUUCUAGACAAAAAACCGCUUUCAUAACAGGCAUCACAGGCCAAGACGGAUCCUACCUGACUGAGCUGCUCAUAGACAAAGGCUAUGUCGUUCAUGGAAUGAUACGCCGUUCUUCCUCCGUAAAUACAGCACGCAUCAAUCAUCUGUGCAAACAUAGUCAGCUUCAUUUACAUUACGGUGAUAUCACAGAUAGCACUGCAUUGCAUGCACUCAUCGCAAGGCUCCGCCCGGAUGAGGUGUACAACCUUGCCGCACAAUCCCAUGUGAAGGUUUCCUUCGAAAUACCAGAGUACACGGGCCAGGUGUGUGCUAUAGGAACGUUGCGACUGCUGGAUGCCAUUGUGGCAAGUGACCUAGUGGGCCACUGUCGCUUUUAUCAAGCCAGCUCAAGCGAACUCUAUGGGAGGGCGCAGGAAACUCCGCAAUCUGAAAGAACACCGUUCUACCCGUGCAGCCCCUAUGCCGUGGCGAAGCUAUAUGCACACUGGAUUACAGUUAAUUACCGCGAAGCGCAUGGCAUAUUUGCGUGCAAUGGUAUCUUAUUUAACCACGAGUCGCCCCGACGUGGAGAUAUGUUUGUUACGAAGAAAGUUGCGAGGGCUGCUGCGCGUAUCAGGCACAAUAAAGAUGAGGUGCUGAGGCUUGGGAAUUUAGAUGCUUUACGAGAUUGGGGCCACACCGAAGACUUCGUACGAGGUAUGUGGCAAAUUCUUCAGCAUCCCACGCCUCAGGAUUGGGUUUUGGCAACGGGAGAGCAGCACUCCGUAAGGGAACUCUGCAAUUUGGCAUUUAGCUGCGUUGGGUAUGACUUGAUAUGGGAAGGCGAGGGUGUUCAUGAGUUUGCCUACGAUAAGAAAGAGUCUGCAAGAGUAAAAUCUCCCAGGAAGCUAAUAGUGGUAGACGAGGCUUAUUUCAGGCCGAUUGACGUCGAUUUCUUAGUAGGCGACUCUAGGAAGGCCCGCUAUGAGUUGGGGUGGAAGCCAACGCGUACAUUUGAACAGUUAGUUUCGGAAAUGGUGCAAAGUGAACUGCGAGCGGUUGAAAGUGGAUUGAGUUCAUGGGUUUGAGUUUAUUUAAGGAAAGACACCUAAAGUGAUUACUCCCGCCACAAACAAAUGUAUUAUAUACCGUUUGUA